AUGUCAGUCUGUCUUAAAGACCCUGAAUCGAUGAAAAGUCUUAAUGAAAUCAACACUGAUCAUAUGCGAAAGAUUGUGGCUCGUUUACCGUACUACAAUCAAUCUAGAUGGAGAGAUCGUGCCAGUGUCAUAUUAAGAGAAAGAGGUUCGCCACCGAAUUUCCGAGACUUGACAGAAUUCCUUCAAAAGAGAGCACAAUCCGAGAAUAACCCACUAUAUGGGAACUUAAAAGAUUCGGAAAAAGAUAAUGCCAAUCGCAUGAAGAAAGAAGAAAGGAAGAAAAGAGAAGAGCUCAUUUCAAGUUUCGCAACCCAGUAUGGAUUCAAACGACCUGGUUCUGCAUACGAAAAAAGAGCUCUAGUAUGUCAUGUUUGUCGAGGCGAUCAUAACCUUCAGGUGUGCAAGAAAUUCCUCAAUAUGCCAACGGUCGAGAGAUGGAAAGUUGUGCUCGAGUCCAAGUUAUGUUUCCAAUGUCUUUCAACCGGACAUUAUAAGAGAUUUUGCAAGGAAAGCAGAUGUCAAGUCGAAAGCUGUAACAGAAGACACCAUGAACUGUUGCAUUUGGCCAGUAUAAAGGUAGAAAAAUCCAAAGUCAAUGAAGUGACAAAGCGCGAUGCCACCGUUCAGACGAAUGCUGCAAAUAUCCUUCCACAAGUAAGUCGAGGCACGACAGCGCUUCCAGUCGUGGCAGUUAAGGUACAUGGUGCUGAUGGUCGAGAGAUAACUACCUACGCCCUGUUAGAUCAAGCAAGCAAAGCCUCGUUCAUCCAUACCAGCUUAGCAAAGAAACUUAAUUUGAAGGGUUCGAGAGGUACACUGUCGGUGAAGUCGUUGACUGGAACAAUCUCAAUUGAAACAGAAAAAGUUAAUGUCGUCUUGGAAUCAGCAAACCAAACUAGCCACGGUUCGAGAUUACUAGCCAGGGACGUAAUCGUUACGGACAGUUUAGACGUGCAGCUGAAAGUCGCACCGACAAGGGAUGACGUACGAGCAUGGAAACACCUGUCAGACAUUGACUUCCCAGAAGUUGAAUUGGAGGACAUUCUCGUUCUGAUUGGUGCUGAUAAUCCCGAGGUUUUCAUAACUCACGAAAUCAGAGCAGGUGGCGCGGAGGAGCCUUGGGGAUUCAAAUACAAGUUGGGAUGGGCCUUGAUGGGACCAACAAAUCGGCCUCAGACAAGUCAAGUUGACGUCCAUCUUUUGCAGCGUACAAACGCCGAUAUGGAAGACAUAGCUUUUAAGAACGAAGUGAAUCGGUUUUUCUAUGAAGAUGGUCUUGGUGUGGUAACGAGUAUCAAGAAGGCAAUGUCCGUCGAAGAUAAGAAAGCAGAAAAGAUGAUGGAAGAAUCAGCAGUGAUUGUCGAUGGACACUAUGAAAUUGGUAUGUUGUGGAAAACUGAGGAUUCUCAACUACCAAACAACCGAGAUGUUGCGCUCAAGCGUUUUUGACACCUCCAAAAUCGCCUCAAGAAAGACAAAGAGUUACAUACGAAAUAUCAAACCAAAAUAGAAGAAUACGUUGAGAAAGGCUACGCAAGCAAAUUACAACCUGAAGAAACAAACGUUUCCAAGAGAACUUGGUAUCUCCCUCACCACCCCGUUUUUCACCCUGCAAAACCCGGCAAAAUCCGCAUAGUAUAUGAUGCAGCAGUUAAAUUCAAAGGAACAUCAUUAAAUGACGAACUUCUCCAUGGGCCUAACUUGGCUAACGAGAUAAUCGAAGUGCUAUUGAGGUUUCGCAAAGAAGAAGUAGCUAUUGCAGCUGACAUCCAAGAAAUGUUUCACCAAAGAAGAUCGAGAAUCGUUGAGGUUCCUUUGGUCCUCAAACAACUUAGAUGAUCCAGAAGAAUACCAUAUGAAUGUUCAUAUAUUCGGAGCUAAAGAUUCCCCGUCUAUUGCCAACUACGCAUUGAAGAAAACGGCGAGAGAUAACGCUUGUGACUUCAGUGAAGCAGCAGUGAAUGCCGUGGAAAAAGAUUUCUACGUGGACGAUUUAUUGAAAUCACUUCCCAACGUUAAAGAUGCGAAGCAACUCGCCAGCGACUUGAUGAAACUUCUCAGAAGAGGAGGAUUCCGUUUAACUAAAUGGAUAAGUUCAAGCAAGGAGGUCCUAGCUUCUAUACCGGAGUCAGAGCGAGCAAAUCCAAUGUUGAAUUUAGACCUAGAUAACUUACCGAUAUUACGAGCUCUCGGACUUCAGUGGAACGUUGAAGAAGACGCAUUUGAAUUCAAAGUGAUCGACGUAGAUAAGCCAGAGACGAAGAGAGGAAUCUUGUCGACCGUCGCUUCAUUGUAUGAUCCGAUGGGAUUCGCCGCGCCAGUAACAUUAUUAGCUAAGUCACUACUACAGAAACUUUGGCAAAAGAAAGUUGAUUGGGACGAGCAACUUGCUGAAGCCGAAUUAGGAGACUGGAGACGGUGGAAGAAUGAUCUUUCAGCCCUUUCGAAAAUCAAGAUUCCACGUUGUUACAAGACCACCGUAGCUGCUACCAACAAGGUUAAUGAUUGUGAUAUGACAAAGUGCGUCAAGGAAGUCCAACUUCACAACUUUUCUGACGCCAGUGAAAUUGGAUACGGAUCUGCAUCGUAUCUUCGAACUGAGUUUAUCGAUGGAAGAGUAACGUGUUCACUUGUAUUUGGUAAAUCUCGCACCGCACCAUUGCGAAAGAUAUCCAUACCACGCCUAGAGUUACAAGCAGCGGUAUUAUCGGUUCGAAUCAGCGAGAUAAUACAGCGUGAAAUUGAAAUAACAUUCAGCAAGAUUUGCUACUGGACCGAUUCAGAAGUUGUGCUGAAGUACAUUCAGAAUGAAGAUAAAAGAUUUACCGUAUAUGUUGGUAAUCGUAUAGCCGAAAUCAGAGAAAAAUCCGAAGUGCAACAGUGGAGAUAUUGCCCAAGUAAAGAGAAUCCGAGUGAUGACGCCUCUCGUGGACUGAAACCAUCUGAAAUGACAUCCGAGUGUCGGUGGUUGGUUGGUCCGUCAUUUUUAAAAGGUCCUGAAUCGAGUUGGCCACAGACAAAUCUGCGGAAAGAUAUAGAAGAGGAAGAUCCUGAAAUUCUAAUCCAAUCCAAUGUAGUGGUUGAAGUAAAAAGACCAGCUAUAUACGAACUAUUAGAAAGAUAUUCAUCAUGGAACGUGCUCAAGGCAAAGAUCGUGUGGCUAACCAGAUUUGCGUUUCUCUUGAGUCAUCGCCUUCAUCGCUCUCACAUAUGUCCUCUCGGAAAACCCACCAUUCCUGAGUUAGAAAAUGCAGAGAACGACAUCAUAAGAAUGAUCCAGCAGCAAGUGUUUUCAGAAGAAUACAACGCCCUCAGCAAAUCGGGGAAAGUAAAGAUAUCAAGCAGCAUCGCGAAGCUCAAUCCUUUUAUUGGUGAGAACAAUAUUAUUCGAGUGGGAAGCAGAUUAGAAUACGCUCAUAUAAGUUACAAUGCGAAGUUUCCACCAAUCCUACCAAAGCAACAUUGGGUAUCAGAGCUGUUAGCAAGACACGUCCAUUGUAGUAAUGCCCAUAUUGGUCAAGAGCAUACCUUGAAUAUAUUACGCCAAAGAGUUUGGAUCUGUAACGCUCGUUCCCUGGUUCGGAAGAUUAUCAACAAAUGUUUUGUCUGUAGAAAGGGACACGCUCCAAAGCUCCAACAACAAAUGGCACCUUUACCACCAUGUCGGGUUAUGGCGUAUGAACCACCGUUCACUUACGUGGGAAUUGACAUGUUCGGACCUUUGUUAAUAAGACAAGGUCGAUCUACGCCUAAAAGAUGGGGAUGCAUUUUUACGUGUAUGACCACUCGUGCAAUACACCUGGAAGUCGCACCGUCACUAGAAACUGACGAUUUCAUUAAUGUUUUGCGACAAUUUAUCGCCCGACGUGGAACCCCGAAAGAAAUACGAACGGACUGUGGCACGAACUUCCGUGGGGCUGAUAAAGAGUUAAAAAGUGCAACGAAAGCUUGGAGUGAAGAUCGUCUUGAAGAUCAAUUAUCCCAGCGAGGAAUUGACUGGAUAUUUCACCCACCGAAUGCACCGCAUUUCUCUGGCGUGUGGGAAAGGCUAAUAAGGGAGACAAAACGUGCAUUGAAAGCAAUCUUAAAGGGGGCCUUGGUAACAGAACAUGUACUGCGAACAGUUUUCUGUGAGGUAGAGUCGAUACUUAAUUCACGUCCUCUAACGAGAUCAAGCGAGGAUGCAGCUGAUGCUAUCGCCAUUACGCCUGCCCAUUUUUUGCUGCAGAGACCAGCAGUUGUUGUUCCAUUGGAGAUUUUAACGAAGACUCGAUUAUUGGUAGAAGAAAGUAGAAGCAAGCUCAAAUCCUUUCAAACCACUUCUGGACUAGAUGGGUACGAGAAUACCUGACUACUUUGCAUUUACGUCAGAAAUGGUUAAAGCCUCAACGCGAUGUUCGUGUCGGAGAUUUGGUCUUGGUACAUGAAAAGAAGAUACCAAGAGGAUUGUGGCCUAUUGCGAUAGUAAGAAGAGUUUUUCCUGGACGAGACAAUCGUAUAAGAACUGUAGAGAUUAAAACAAAGGAUACUGUCUUAACCCGACCAAUUGUGAACAUUAGUCUCUUGGAACAGUGUGAUAAUUAA